CUUGCCAACCGGCUUUACCAUGAAGUGGCAUCGUGUGAGAACUCUCCUUUCAAGGAAAAAUUUAAAUAGCGGAGGAAGGAAAAGGAAAGGUGAUUUAGAACACGAGCUUUGUAAAAGAAUCAAGACCAUAAAUAAAUAUGAAGAGGAAUUGUUGCAAGACUGGGAUACUUUGGAGGAAUUUGACUCUAUACAUGAAAGAAAAAUCCAGAUAUGGAUAGAAGUUAAAGAGCGCCAUGAUAAAGCUGCAAGAGAUAGGCAAAUAUUGAUGGAUGAAAUCAAACGUUUAGAGAUUGAACUUAAAAGAGCACUGGUAAAGCGGAUGAAAUCCUUAAGAGAACGGAUCCAGGUGACAUGGCGAGUUCUACAACUAACGAAGAAGAAAACAGCCAUUGAGCGGAACAGCGUAAUGUUUUUGGACAUGAAAGCAUGCCAUGACCAGCACAAAGAGAAACAAGAAUGGCGGGAAAACCUGCGCCGUACGCGUUCACAAAGCGACAUACCAAGAAAUGCACAAUAUAAAAACAUCCUCUUUUUUAGUGGUCUAUGAUUUAUUGGGGUAAAUAAAUUGAGAUUUCUCAAAUCUAAUAAAAAAUAUAUAUAUAUUUUUAUCUACAUACAACUGAAAACAAAACAGGUAAUAAAGAUAUUACUGUGAGUGCUUUAAAA